AUGAAGCCCGACGACCCCGUGACGUACGCCGGGUGGGUGUUCAAAGAGGGCAGUCUCGUGCGGUCCUGGAAGAAACGCUUCUUGGUGUGCAAACGUGCCGAGUUGGCGUACUACAAGCACACGGACAAGGAGAACCACGCGCAGCUCUUGGGCGCGCUCACGGCGGCGCACAUUGAGCGCCUCGCGGACAUUACGAACGGCCUCUUGAUCCACGGGACAGAGGGCCGCCAGCUCAAGAUCUUCACCGACACUACGGUCGAGUGCGAUCGGUGCUACGCGGCCAUCCGCCGGUACUGCACUGUCCAAGAAACAGACGGCAGCAACGGCAGCGAUACUGGCGCGCAGCAGCGCUGCGGGUGGCUCGAGAAAGAAGGACAGCACUUUCGGACGUGGAAGAAGCGCUACUUUGUGCUGCGGGGCCGCGAGCUGAGCUACUCGGCGACCAUUGGGGCCGACCGCUUGGGCGGGGGCCGCGUCCAAGGGGCCAAACGAGACGCCUCGAGGCCCUUCACGCUGGCCGUGUCGUUCGAAGGCGGGCGCGAGAUGCGCGUGGGCGGCAAGUCCGAAGCGGACAUUGACGACUGGCACAAGGCGCUCCGUCGGGCGCUGCUCGAGGCCGACGGGCAGUCGAAACGCCGGUCGACUGGUGCACGGCCGUUGUUGGUAGCGGAUGCCAAGGACGACGACCCGAAGCAUGCACGGGACAAGGAGUUUGCAAAGCGAAAGGCGAGUGCAAGUGUGAAGAGCGCGACCGAGGACGAAGCCAGUUGGAGGUCGAUGGACACGUCGUCUUCGAGCGGGUACGAGGCCACGCGGGCGGUGCUCGACAAGACGGGGAGCAAAGGCGAUACACUGGGGCGUGCCCCAGAGCCGUAUGCUCCGAGCUCGUUCCGACGCCACAUUGUAGUGGAGACAAUGCCCGACAACACGUCGAGUUUCAUUGAAGUGGCAGAGGACCGCGAAGACGAGGGCGAGAAGCCGUACUCGCCGACGGCACCGGGUGUCACUGCGAUCCGUCGAAUGCGACUGACUGAGAAGCUGUUGCAAGAAGAGCUCGAAGAGGAGCGUCGGGAAGCUAUGAUGAAGGAGAACACGGUACUCAUGCGGCCGUUCAGCAAUUCCGAUGCUUUGGAUGGGAAGAGCUGCUGCUGCAUUGUCAUGUAG